AUGGCCUCACUCAACGCAAUGCGGCAGCCUCUGCGCCGCUGCACCUGCAGCAUCCUCUCGUCCGCUCCUCGCCAGCCAUACCACCUCCAAUUGCGACCAUCACAAGCACAACCAGCACAAGCCCGCCUUCUCUCGUCCACGACACCCUCGAACAACUCAGACCCAACCCCAAAUACAGACUCCUCCCCACGCCCCAGCAACAAAAACAAAAAACCCCUCACCCCCUCCCAAUCCGCCUUCCUCUCCUCCGCCCUGCGCGUCAACCAAGCCGGCGAGCUAGCCGCAACCCUAAUCUACACCUCCCAAACGCCCCCCCUCGUCAACCGCGACCCCCACCUCCGCCCCCUCAUGCGCCACAUGUACGAGCAAGAAGCCGGCCACCUGCAAACCUUCAACUCCCUCCUCACACGUCACCGCGUCCGUCCCACAGCACUCUACCCCCUCUGGUCGGCGAUGGCCACAGGCCUGGGUUGGGCAACAGGGGUGAUGGGCCGCGAAGCAGCGAUGGCGUGUACGGAGGCGGUGGAGACGGAGAUUGGGGGGCAUUAUAAUGCGCAGAUUCGGGUGUUGUUGGAGAUGGUGAGUGGGUGGGAGGAGGAAGGGUAUGAGGUGGGGGAGGAGUUUGGGGAGUUGUUGGGGACGUUGAGGAGGAUACGGGAUGAGGAGUUGGAGCAUUUGGAUCAGGCGGUGGAACAUGAUGCUAAGAAGGCGGAGCCGUAUGGGUUGUUGACGGGGGUUAUUAGGGCCGGGUGUAGGGGUGCGAUUUGGAUUAGUGAGAGGGUGUAG